AUACAAUUUCAUGAGUUAAUUUUAAAACAGGCAUUUGUUUUGCAUAUUUAUUUCAUUUUAGGCACAUCUGAUAUGUCUUUACGAAAAGAGAUGUUGUAGCUCAAAAAACGCCGACAGUAUUAGAUCGAAGUUCUCCGACAGAAUCAUGGUCAUGACGAGAAGUGAGCGACAUCGGGAAGCUGCUAGAUCCUGCGAUUUGAGUAGCGAAACUCGAACAAGAGUCCAUCGAUGUUCCCGUCCAAAUAUGGAUACUCCGUCGGAGAGGGGAAUUCGAAACCCCACCAUAAGAGCUGCUGCUUCAAGGGCGCCGACGGAGCGGAGGCGGAAAGUCUGUUGUCCCUCUGUAGCUUCGGAGCCACCGUCGAAACGGGCAUGCAUUUCUCCAAUCGAAGAUACAUCGUUACAUGAAGUCGCAGAAACGAAAUCAAGUGUCUCAGACACUGAAUCAUCUUCAAAAGGUACAUCUUUAGAUGAAGUAGCAGAAACUGAUUCAAGUAUUUCACUCACUUUAUCACCUACGAAAGAUGCGGAGGCAGUGGAUGAGAUAUUGCCCUCAAGACUUUUUGCAACAGAUAGGAAUGGUUUCAGUGGACAGCACGGAAAGAUUAGAGAUUUUCCGAUUUUGCUGAUCCAAAAUCUGAAUAGUUGUUGUACUUGUUCAUUGUCGAAACUGCCUUCAUUAUCGACAUCUGAUCACGCUUCUGUGGUUGCGUUGAAUCUCUUUGUUGCACUUCUUUGUGCUUGUAUUGUUCUUGGUCAUCUUUUGGAGGAGAAUCGAUGGAUGAACGAAUCCAUUACCGCCUUAUUGAUUGGGCUUGGCACUGGUGUUGCCAUUUUGUUGAUUAGUAAAGGAAAAAGCUCGCAUCUUCUCGUCUUUAGUGAAGAUCUUUUCUUCAUAUAUCUUUUGCCACCCAUUAUAUUCAAUGCAGGGUUUCAAGUAAAAAAGAAGCAGUUUUUCCGCAAUUUCGUGACUAUUAUGCUUUUCGGUGCUGUCGGGACUAUUAUUUCUUGCACAAUCAUAUCUCUAGGUGUAACACAGUUCUUUAAGAAAUUGGAUAUUGGGACCUUUGACUUGGGUGAUUAUCUUGCUAUCGGUGCAAUAUUUGCCGCAACAGAUUCUGUGUGUACACUGCAGGUUCUGAAUCAAGAUGAGACACCUUUGCUUUACAGUCUUGUAUUCGGAGAGGGUGUUGUGAAUGAUGCCACAUCAGUUGUUGUCUUCAACGCGAUUCAGAGCUUUGACCUCACCCACCUAAACCAUGAAGCUGCUUUUCAUCUUCUGGGAAACUUCUUGUAUUUGUUUCUCCUAAGUACCUUGCUUGGUGCUGCUACCGGUCUGAUAAGUGCGUAUGUCAUCAAGAAGUUAUAUUUUGGAAGGCACUCAACCGACCGAGAGGUUGCCCUUAUGAUGCUUAUGGCGUAUCUUUCUUAUAUGCUUGCUGAGCUUUUCGACUUGAGCGGUAUUCUCACUGUGUUUUUCUGUGGUAUUGUGAUGUCCCAUUACACAUGGCACAAUGUAACCGAGAGCUCAAGAAUUACUACAAAGCAUACCUUUGCAACAUUGUCGUUUCUUGCGGAGACAUUUAUCUUCUUGUAUGUUGGAAUGGAUGCCUUGGACAUUGACAAGUGGAGAUCCGUGAGUGACACACCGGGAACAUCGAUCGCAGUGAGCUCAAUCCUAAUGGGUCUGGUCAUGCUUGGAAGAGCAGCAUUCGUCUUUCCGUUAUCGUUUCUAUCUAACCUAGCCAAGAAGAACCAAAGCGAGAAAAUCAACUUUAACAUGCAGGUUGUGAUUUGGUGGUCUGGUCUUAUGAGAGGUGCUGUAUCUAUGGCUCUUGCAUACAACAAGUUUACAAGGGCCGGGCACACAGAUGUACGCGGGAAUGCAAUCAUGAUCACCAGUACGAUAACCGUCUGUCUUUUUAGCACAGUGGUGUUUGGUAUGCUGACCAAACCGCUCAUAAGCUACCUAUUGCCGCACCAGAACGCUACCACGAGCAUGUUAUCUGAUGACAACACCCCAAAAUCCAUCCAUAUCCCUUUGCUAGACCAAGACUCAUUCAUUGAGCCUUCAGGGAACCACAAUGUACCUCGGCCUGACAGUAUACGUGGCUUCUUGACACGGCCCACUCGAACCGUGCAUUACUACUGGAGACAAUUUGAUGACUCCUUCAUGCGACCCGUCUUUGGAGGUCGUGGCUUUGUCCCCUUCGUCCCUGGUUCUCCAACUGAGAGAAACCCUCCUGAUCUCAGUAAGGCCUGAAGAAAAUGUGGAAUAAAAGCUUUAAUUUUUG